AUGAAGCACACACUGCGGUCUCUAACUGUCUUGCGGCUGGCUCAGAAAUAUAACUCGUCCUGCAAAAGAAUAGCUCAGUGCUCUUCGCCUUUCCUCGGGUUAGUGUUACCUUUCCUUACCCUCAGAGGAACAAACCGCAGCUCGCUCACCUGGAACAGACAAAAUGAAACCUUAUUUAGAACGUCGAUUAGACAAAUGCCUACAACCCCGAGGUCCAGUACCGCUCUUUCAUCCAGUUACCAAGACCUCACUGACCGACUCACUAACUCUCUUAGCCACGGAACAACUUCUUGCAGCCCUAACAGUACUAUCUAUCUUACCCUGUUCACAGCUCAUUAUCUCAAGUUUGUGUUCUUGGUCGUCACGCCAAGUCUUAAAGCGGUACCGGCGAAAUAA